UAGAUGGAUGCCAGACGUUGCUUGUUUGAAACGCCAUUGUAUUUCUGUGAAUCAAAGUGAGAAGAAAGAUGAAGAAGAGACGUUCAUCGGAGACGAAGUUGUUGAAAGAACUGUUGCUCUAUGCGGCCAGCGCCGCUUUGAGCAGCCUUGUUUUGUUUGUGGGGCUCCGACAACUUGACCCGAAUCGACAGGCUUCCAAAAAGGCUCUUGAGCACAAGAAGGAACUUGCUAAGCGCCUUGGUAGACCUAUCAUUCAAACCAAUUCCUAUGAGGAUGUUAUAGCCUGUGAUGUAAUCAACCCUGAUCAUAUAGAUGUGGAAUUUGAUUCCAUUGGUGGAUUGGAAUCUAUUAAACAAGCUCUAUUUGAAUUGGUAAUUCUUCCCUUGAGGAGGCCUGAACUCUUUCAUGGGAAGCUUCUGGGUCCUCAAAAAGGAGUUUUGCUCUAUGGACCCCCUGGAACUGGAAAGACAAUGCUUGCCAAAGCAAUUGCUAAGGAAUCAAGUGCUGUUUUUAUUAACGUGAGAACAUCGAAUUUGAUGAGCAAAUGGUUUGGUGAUGCCCAAAAACUCGUUGCUGCAGUGUUUAGUUUGGCGCAUAAACUUCAGCCAGCAAUUAUAUUCAUUGACGAAGUGGAUAGCUUUUUGGGUCAGCGCAAGUCUACUGACAAUGAGGCGUCAACAAACAUGAAGACUGAAUUCAUGGCUUUAUGGGAUGGUUUUACCACAGAUCAAAAUGCACGGGUUAUGGUUCUUGCUGCUACUAAUCGGCCAUCUGAGCUUGAUGAAGCAAUUCUUCGACGUCUUCCUCAAGCCUUUGAGAUUGGAAUGCCUGACCACAGAGAAAGAACUGAGAUUUUGAAGGUGAUCCUGAGGGGUGAGAAGGUAGAAGGUAACAUCGACUAUGACGGCAUUGCUAGUCUCUGUGAUGGAUACACUGGUUCUGAUCUUCUAGAGCUAUGUAAAAAAGCUGCCUACUUCCCCAUCCGGGAAUUGCUUAAUGAUGAGAAGAGUGGAAAGCUAACAGCGGAGCCGAGGCCACUGUUGGAAUUGGAUUUGGAAAAGGCUUUAGCUACGUCGAAAAAGACAAAGGUUGCUGCAAGUGAAUACAGCAGGUUAAGUUCAAGGCAUGCAGAUUCAGAUUCUGCAAUUAACAAGAUUUCUAAGCUUGUGGUUUCCCAUAUUCUGAAUCUCCAGUCAGAUAACUAGGAUUCUUAAUUAGCUAUAUGAUUUCCUAUAAUUUAUCAGUCUGUUUAAAGUUUGAUUUAUUCAUUUUUGGUGGCUAUUGUGGAUGUUGCAGAAUUCCUUUAGACCACUUAGUUCAGCUAUUAACUUGUAAGAGCAUUGCAUGAUUUUCACGGCAUAGUGGUAAAAAAUGGCAUAUUUUUUU